AUGAGCCGCUCCGUCGUCGUCGUCGUCGCGUGGUGGCUGGCGUCGCCGGCCGCCGCGAAGCGGUGGCGCGCGCCGGAGCGCGAGCCGGGGCUGCCCCUGGCGCUGGUCGUGGGGCUGCCGAAGAUGGGCACGACGUCGCUGCGCAACUACUUCCACUGCAGCGGCUACCGCGCGUCCCACAUGGCCUGCAGCAACGGCCCCCACUGCGGCGCGCUCGGCGUCCGCCGCGGGCCGGACGCGCUCGGCGACCAGACGCGGCUCUUCCGCAAGCUCUGCGGCGACUUUGACGCGUUCACGCAGCUCGACAGCGUGACGACGACGGGCUGCGUCGCGCCCCAGGUGUCGCACCUCGCGGCGCUCGUGAAAGCGCUGCCGUCCGCGUGCUUCGUGCUCAACACGCGGCCGCUCGACGCGUGGCUCGCGUCCGUGCGCGCGCACGUGACGGCGCACCGCUACGCGAACUGGUCCAUGUACGACCGCAUGGUGGCCAACUGCCCCGUGCACCCGCGCAACGGCGCGGGCCUCGCGGCGUGGGCGGCGCGCCACGUCGAGCGCGCGACGGCGCUCGUGGAGCGCGCGCGGUGCGGCGUCGUCGUCGACAUCGAGGGCGACGUCAGGGCCGUCGGCGCGCGCCUCGCGGCGAAGCUCAACGGCACGCACGCGCGCUGCUGGGGCCAGGCGAACGCGCGGCCGCGGCCGCCGGCGCCCGCGCGGCGCCGCCUCGCGGCCGCCGCCGCCGGCGGCCGGCGGGCUGGCGCGCGCUCGCGCCGCCGGGGACCCUUCGAGUACGGCGCCGCGGUCGACGACGCGCGCUUCGCGGCGCGGCCCCGGCUCUGCCGCUACCGCGGCGCGCCGGCGAGCGGCGCCGUCGCGCUGCUCAGCGUCGCGAGCGACCUGGGCUACCUCUUCUUCCACUGGCCCUACGUCGUCAACGCCGCGGCGUACGCGGCGCGGUUCGGCCUCGCGUUCCACCUCUGGGUCGGCGAGCUGCCCGCGGCGCUCGCGGCGUCCGCGGGGCCGAUCUGUUUGCGGUCGCGGUGGCGCGAGGGCGCCGGCUUCGGCGGGCCGAACUCGAACCACUACAACAAGGUCCUCGCCGCCGCGGCGCUUUUAGACCGGCCCGGCGUGCCCGGCGUCCUCUUCCGGGACGUCGACAUGUUCGCGCCGGCGGGCGGCGGCGGCGCGCGCGACCCCCGCGACCUCCACGAGCACGGCCGCGUCGACGCCGCGUUCCCCUGCACGUCCAAGAUCGACCGCGCCGCGCCGCGACGGAAGCGCGGCGGUCCCCCGCGGGGCUUCCGCCUCAAGAGCACGAAGAUCGCGCUCUGGUACCACACGGAGCGGCCGAGCCUGAACUACGUCUUCCGCCGCUGCGCGGCCUUCCGCUUCGCCUGCGGCCGCCAGUUCGUCAUGCCGGAGGUGGUCCACGAGGGCCACACGCCCCGGGCGGACGGCGCCAACGCAACGAUGGCAGCUCAAAUCUCUGCCUCAGCAUCACCCGACGCAGCUCAAAUCGCGGCAUCACCGGGCGGCGCCGUCGAGGACGCGGCCCUCGCGGACUACGAGAGCGAGAUGCGCGCGUCCCGCGAGGAACUCCUCAAGAAGAUCGCGCGGUCGUCCGAGGACAUCGCCGGCCGCUGCCGCGACGCCAUGGAGCAGUCCAAGGAGAACGUGUCCGCGAGCCUCUUCGACGACGAGGAGCGGGCGCGCGUCGUCGAGGCCUACGCGGCCAAGCUCAAGGCGAGCCGCGAGGAGAUGGUCGCCAAGGUCGAGGCGCAGCAGGCCGAGGAGCGGCGGCGGCUCGUCGAGGACCUCAAGGCCGACGUGUCCGGCGUCGUCGACGACGUCGUCGCGGGCCUGCGCGACGACCUCGCGGGCGCCUACGCGGCGCGCGAGGCCGCGGCGCGCGAGGCGCGCGAGGCCUCCGCCAAGGCCGCGCUCGACGCGCACGCGGCCGAGGUCCAGGACUUCAACCGGCGGCAGCUGGCCGAGCUCCGCGACGCGAUGGCGCGGCACCGCGACGACGCGCUCGCGCGCUACGAGCGCGACAUGGCGGCCUUCCGCGACGACCAGCUCGCGGAGCUCGGACCUCCAGGGCGCGGCCUACGACACGGACGACGGCGACCUCGACGACCGCGCCGCGCGCGCGGCGCGCGGCGCCUCUAG